AUGAAGCUCCGCAGCAAAGCGGCUGCGCUGCUCCUGCUUGCUCUGUCAGCUCUGCUGCUGGCGAGGCUGACCCUGCGCACCGGCGGCGCUGAACCCCCAGCACCUCCUGCGCGUCCCGCGUCCGCCCCGCAGCGCCCUCACGCGCCGGGUCCCGCGCGCCUCCUUAGCCGAGAUACCUUCACCCGCCCUGGACAAAGCGCUCAGAGGCGCCGGCCACCGGGUUCGCGCCCCCGAGCCGGCCACCGGGGCUCAGCGAGCCUGGAAAAGUUGGCGAGGAGACCUGGAGAACCCAGGAGUUUUCAUGCUGUGCUGCCACCCAAGCUCUGGAUCCAUCUGGCUGUGGUGGCCUGUGGCAGUCGUUUAGAGGAGACACUUGUUAUGCUAAAAUCAGCCGUGCUCUUUAGCCACAGGAAGAUGCAAUUCCACAUUUUCACUGAAGAAUCUCUGAAGCCCGAGUUUGAUAAACAGUUACGACAGUGGCCUGACUCAUAUACAAAGAAGUUUGAGCACAGAAUCUACCCCAUCACAUUUUCAGUGGGAAACCCUCAAGAAUGGAAGAAAUUGUUCAAACCCUGUGCUGCUCAGAGACUCUUUCUUCCGGUGAUUUUAAAGGAUGUGGACUCACUUCUCUACGUGGACACUGAUGUUCUCUUUCUGAGACCUGUUGAUGACAUCUGGAAAUUUCUGAGGCAGUUUAAUUCUACCCAGCUUGCAGCCAUGGCCCCAGAGCAUGAAAUCCCCAAAAUUGGCUGGUAUAGCCGCUUUGCUCAACACCCUUUUUAUGGCUCUACAGGAAUUAAUUCAGGAGUCAUGCUAAUGAAUUUAACUCGUAUAAGAACUGCCCAGUUCAAGAACAGUGUGAUUCCAACAGGCUUAGCUUGGGAGGACAUGUUGUAUCCUCUGUACCAGAAGUACAAGAAUGUCAUCACAUGGGGAGACCAGGAUUUAUUAAAUAUUAUUUUUUACUUCAAUCCAGAGUGUCUCUAUGUGUUCCCCUGCCAGUGGAACUACCGUCCCGAUCACUGCAUGUAUGGAAGCAACUGCAAAGGGGCUGAGCUUGAAGGUGUAUCUGUUCUGCAUGGGAACCGGGGUGUCUACCAUGAUGAUAAGCAGCCAACUUUCAAAGCACUCUAUGAAGCAAUACGGGAUUUUCCCUUUCAAGACAAUCUUUUUCAAUCCAUGUAUUACCCUCUUCAGCUGAAGUUUUUGGAAACUGUGCAUACUUUAUGUGGACGAAUCCCACAAGUUUUUCUGAAGCAAAUUGAGAAAACAAUGAAAAGGGCUUAUGAGAAACACAUCAUCAUCCAUGUUGGCCCCAAUCAGAUGCACUGA